AUGGUUUCCUGUGUGAGGCGUUCUAGCCUGCGCAGAUUGAAACGUCGCGGCGGCCUUGCUAGGCUACUGGAGGCCCCGGAGUGCGUCUCGCUGGUCGCGCGGUCGGCCAUGGAGACCCUGCGCAAAGCGCUGAUCGCGGGCGCAGUGCUGGGCGUGGGGGCUGGCGUGGGCACCGGGCUCUUUGUCCUCGUGACCCCGGGAGAGCGGCAGAAGCAGGCAACGCCAAAGAAGAUGCCGGAGCAGGACCCGCAGCGCAGGAACGAGGUGGCCAGGACCAAAGAGCUACUUCUGGCCACUCUGCAGGAGGCCGCGGCCACGCAAGAGAACGUCGCCUGGAGAAAGAACUGGAUGAGUGGCGGCGGCGGGAAGUCAGCCUGAGGCCAGACCUGCCCCCGUGCGCGCCGGGACCUCCGCUGCAGCGCAGGAGCCCGAGCCGGCCUUACUCCUCUGUGGGCCGGCGGGGAGUCCAGACACGCGCAGACCUCUUCGGGACCUGGGGAGCUGCCGCCGGGUGAGCACGUUCCCCCUCAAACCCUGCACCGACUGUGUUUUAACGUCCACGUCUUGGGCCAGGGCAUCGGAUGUGGCUAACUGAAGGAACCAAUAAAUCAUGUUCCUCCAUCCAGAGAGUGAGCACUGCGGCUGGACGCCCAUAAAAGCCUAGAGUGUUAUGGGGGUCAGUGCUGCGGGCGGGCUUGAGUGCAGCUCCCGCCUGCCCCGCCCUUCAUGUGACGCUGAAGCCCUAUAGGCAGAGCGACCACGUUUUCAGAACACACGUCAGGUCACGUGGUUUGCGGGAGUGUACUUUCGGGGAUAACCAAGUGAUGUUCUUGAAAUCGUUAUCCUGGAAACUUGUGCAGUAAAUACCCAUAGAGGACACUCUGGGUGCCUGUCCUUCGAAUGAGGUUGGAGAGGGGCUUCUAGCAAUUAACAUGUGCCAUAAUGCCUUCUGGGACCUUAAUUCGUGGUAGGAGCGGUCAAAGGGCUGUGCUUUGAGUCAGAUCUUGUUUCAACUCCUCCAUGUUUUUAACCUCUGAGCCUUAGUCCUGUUCCAUAAAAGGUGAUAAUGGGGACUUUCCUGGUGGUCCAGUGGCUAAGACUCCAUGCUCCCAAUGCAGGGGGCCCUGGUUCGAUCCCUGGUCAGGGAACUAGAUCCCAGGUACUGCAACAAGAGUUCGCAUGCCGCAACUAAGCCGCAACUAAGAGAUCCCACAUGUUGCAACGAAGAUCCAGAGUGCUGCAACUAAGACCUGGUGCAGAUAAAUACAUAAAUAAAUAAAUGGUGACAAUUAUCUUGAGAGUUGUAAAAAGGUGAACUUAGGAAUGUAAAGUGCAGUGCCAGGCACAGGGCAGCCUCUCACUAAAUGCACUGGGGUUUUCCUCCCACAAGGUUUUCACUGUAGUGGCUUUCAAUUUCUGAAUCCAUCACAGGAUCCAUUGGCGAUGCCACCGAUGGGAUGAGAUAAAGCUAUCAGUGGGGUGGCCGCCCUACAGCGAAAUCAACCAUUUCACUCCCCUUUUGUCUAUUUUAUGUCCUGUGGUUCCAAACAAGAUUGCAAUUGAUGGGGGAUGGGGGGGCCUGCUUGUAUUAAAUAAAGCCGGAACACACUAAAUAAAGCUUGGUAACACUGAGGUGUAAACCCAGAUAUGAGCAUUGGUGCGGUUUUCAGCUACUAGAUGGUGAAGUCGUAAGCUGAGCACAUUUGUCAUGUGCGACCUUUACAGUUUACUUGUGGCCUCUUUCCUAGUCGGGGUAUGAGAGGAGGGAGGUCAGCAGCUGUCUGAGGGAGCACAAGGAUGAGGUGAGCAGCAGCAGCGCAAGGGGAGCUUGGCAGUUCAGAGCAUGAGCCCUAGAGUCACGCUCCCCAGAGAUGUGUCCAGGUUCUGCUACCUGCUAGCUGUGUCAGUUUGGACAAGUCAUAUGCUUUGGUGUCCCAAUCUCUAAAAUGGGAUCAUUGUACCUACAGCUAGAUAAUACUGCCUUCAUAUCUCAGUUAAUACAUACAAAGCACUUAAAACUGUGUGGUAUAUAUUAAGUCUCAAUGCUUUUUAGUGCAGAAGAGACGCAGUUGUGAAGGUCACACUAUGGCUCCUCUCACUGUGAAU